CCGACAACCAACCGACCCUCAGCCAUGAACUCCUUCUCCAGCCGCAGCAGUUACAUGUCCACCCCCAUGAGGAGCUCCGCCAUGUCCUCCUCCUCCUCCUCCUUGCACCGGGCCAGCAGCAUGGGGGUCGGCAGCGUGUACGGAGGAGCCGGAGGGACUGGAAUUCGUGUCUCAAAGGCCUCCUUCUUCUCCUCUGCCGGCGGUGCCUUCAACUUGGCCGAUGGCGUCGACGUGACCGUCAGCGAGAAGGCCACCAUGCAGAACCUCAACGACCGCCUGGCCACCUACCUGGACAAGGUGCGCAGCCUGGAGAAGGCCAACGCCGGCCUGGAGCUGAAGAUCAGACUGUUCCUGGACAAGAAAACCAAACCUGAGGCCCACGACUGGACGGCGUUCUACAUCCGUAUCAAAGACCUGCAGGAUCAUAUUAACUUUGCUGCCUGUGGAAACGCCGGCCUUGUCCUCGCCAUCGACAACGGCCAGUUGGCCGGCAACGACUUCAAAGUCAAGUUUGAGCACGAGCUGGCCAUGCGUCAGUCAGUGGAGGCGGACAUCAGCGGGCUGACGAGACUCCUGCAGGAGCUGACUCUGAGCCGGAGGGACCUGGAGAUGCAGAUCGAGGGUCUGAAGGAAGAGCUGAUGAUGCUCAAGAAGAACCACGAGGAGGACCUGCUGGCUCUGCGGGCCCAGGUGGGAGGCCAGGUGAACGUGGAGGUGGACGCGGCUCCUCAGGAGGACCUGUCCGCCGUCAUGGCCGGAAUCAGAGAACACUACGAGACCGUCGCCAACAAGAACCGCAGAGAGCUGGAGUCCUGGUUCCAGGCCAAGUCAGGCGAGCUGAACAAAGAGGUGGUUGUGAGCACCGAGAUUCUGCAGACGACCAAGACAGAGAUCUCAGAGCUCAGAAGAGUUUUUCAGAGUCUGGAGAUCAAACUGCAGGCGGAGAUCAGCAAGAAAGGAUCUGUGGAGAUGACUCUGGCUGAGACCAAGAGCCGCUACGCCAACAUGCUGGCAAGUUUCCAGUGUCAGGUGGAGGGUCUGGAGGAGCACCUGGCCCACCUCAGGGCCGACCUGGAGAAGCAGAAGGCCAUGUACGGCGAGCUGCUGGACAUCAAGACCAGACUGGAGCUGGAGAUCGCCGAGUACAGGAGGCUGCUGGACGGAGAGAGCACCGCCAAGACUAGCACCAAGACCAGCUCCAUGACCAGCACCCAGACCACCACCAAGACCUCCAAGGUGGUGGUGAUCACGCAGGAAGUGGACGAAUACGGAAACGUGAUCAGCAGCAGUUAGAUGAAUGAAUGAAUGAAAUCAGAAU